AUGAAUUUUGUUUACAAAAGGAGUAAAAGAUCAUACAUCAAAAGUUCUUCAUAAACCAAAAGACUUUUAGCAGAAUUAGUCUUAAUAUAAGGGUUGAAGAUUAAAAAUGCUGCUUAACGAUUGAAGAUUAAGUAUGCAACUGCGAAAUCGAUCAUCAUCUAUUACAAAUAGAAUGUGAUCAAGCAAUAAAAGAUUUGCAAAUCAGCAAAACGAUGUUAGUAUGCUUCCAUAAAAAGUGCUAUUUCUUAUUCGAUCGUAUCAAAGAUAGCUGGGAAGGAGGUUAAUUCGAGAAGCAUUCACUUCCUAAAGGUGGAAGUAACAAAACAAUGA